AACAAAAAUCCCGAGUGGGACAUAUGUAAAUGUAUAUGGAUUACUUUUCAAAUCGAGUCCUCGUGUCGAUAGCUGUCUUAUGAUUCUCGGUUUGUUUGUGUAAUUAAACUAAAUUCGUUGUGCGUAUGUAAAAAAAAAUAUUAAGUUAUCAAAAUCACCUGUGAACUCAAUAUGGCUCAGAUGACCGAGAAGAGGACAACGUCGGCCCGAUCGGGAACUGCCGCCAAGGAGAACCACAGCCUGACGGGACGGCAGAACCACCAGAAUCACCACAAUCAGGGACACCAGCGCAGUGGCAAGGGCAUCGAGAUACUCGACUUCCACGAGUCCUGGCUGGAGGAGGUGGAGCUGUACAAGGACAAGAUGGUCAUGUGCAAGAAAUUGGCCCACCACAAUCACGUGCCCGCCUCGGCGCACCACCUGCAACCGCACCUGGCCGCACCGAAUCGAAAUCAGGCCCGGCUCAUCCAGGCCAGCACUCCACAGCAACGCAGAUCAGCCGGUGGAGGAUCCGCUGCUGGAGCCACAGCAUCCGAUUCUGUCUCGGCACGCCACUCGCCGCCUGGCCAAAAGCAAAGAUCACCGCCGUCGCCGCGCAAACGGCUGUCGCCCGAGAAGGUGGCGCAGCUGGGAGGAGGAGGUGUCUCCAAGGCAGCCGCGCAGCGCAUCAUCAUCCGGGGAUCCCCGGCCAACAGCUCCCCGCCCAAGGUAGCCCCCGCGGCCUCAAAUGUUCCCGUCGUGGCCAACAGUGUGCUCCAAUCGGAGCCGUACAAGAAAGUCCAGAUGCUAUUGAAGCGCGCAAGGGAGGAGGCCUUCGCCAAGCACACGGCGAGCAACUCAGCCGGGAACGGCAACGGCAACGGCUCCAAGCGCUCCAGCCUCAGUCCGCCCAUCCAGGCGAAGGUGCCACCGUCGAACAUGUCCUGCCCAAGCACCCAAACUCUCAAGCCGUCGCCGCCCAGCAAGAUCGUGGUGAACUCGUUCCACGGCAGCAGCAUGCUGAGCACGCAGCAGCAGGAGGAGAAGAGCAGACUUCUAACCCAAAACGGGCUGACCAAGUCGGCGGCCACAGCUUUGGAAACGAGUCUCUACGCCUCGCUGUACGCCAAUGCGCCGCAGAACAGCCAGCCGCAGUUCCACAGCCCGCGGAUUUCCGGCGGAGAUCACGUCACAUCGUAUGUGGGAGUCUCCCUCAACAAGGGAGCAGGUCACGAUAACGACCGGAGGCACGAGGACGAUCCGUGCGCGGCCAUCGACGACAUCAACUACUACGACGAUUCGGACUCGGAGGAGGAGUAUGUGGGCACGCCUUUCUUUCUGGAGGAGGACAACACGGAGACGCGCCAAAGCAAGCACACUCGCCUGCUGCCGCAAAAGACGCCAUCAAAGGAGUCCGUGCGCACCACAGACUCGGAGGCGUCUGUUUAUUUCCGUCCAGAGGCCAUCCUAUCGCCUAGUCUCUUCCCGCACGUUCCGCCGUACCUGAACUUUACGUCCCACGCGGACAAGGGUCCUGCAAUGCCGGCAGCAUUGCAUCGAGUCCUCAAAUGGAAACUCAGCCCCGUGAUGCCGAAGAUUGUCAAGCGAGUGGUGCUCAAUUCGGGCUUCCGCAUCAUCAAGAACACCACCGACUGGAUGGCCGUGUGGGAGAAGCACAUGAAGAGUCCCGGCUUCAGGACCAUUCGAUCGCACCAGAAGUACAAUCACAUACCCGGCUCGUUCCGAAUCGGUAGAAAAGACACCAUGUGGCGCAGCAUCUACAACAAUAUGAAGAAAUUCGGCAAAAAGGAGUUUGGAUUUAUGCAGAAAUCCUACAUCAUGCCAGACGACCUGGAAAGUCUGCGCCAGGUGUGGCCCAAAAACGCCUCAAAACUGACAAAGUGGAUUGUAAAGCCGCCGGCGAGUGCCCGUGGAACGGGCAUACGCAUUGUGAACAAGUGGAGUCAAUUUCCCAAAGAUCGUCCCCUGGUGGUCCAAAAAUACAUUGAACGUCCGCUGCUGAUCAACGACAAUAAGUUCGAUAUGCGUCUGUAUGUGGUACUGACCUCGAUUAACCCACUCCGCAUCUAUAUGUACAAGGAUGGACUGGCGCGUUUCGCGUCCGUCAAGUACAGCUCGGAGCUGAGCAAUCUGGACGAGCGCUGCAUGCACCUGACCAACUACAGCAUCAACAAGUUCUCGCAGAACUAUGCGAAGAACGAGGACUUCAAUGCCUGUCAGGGCCACAAGUGGACACUACAAUCGCUGUGGUCCUGCCUGGAGAAUCGUGGCGUUAACACUAAGCGCCUGUGGGCCACUCUUCGAAAUCUGGUCAUCAAGGGCAUCGUGAGCGGGGAAUCGGGUUUGAAUCGCAUGUACCGCCAGAAUGUGAACUUUCGCUACAAUUGCUUCGAGCUGUUUGGCUUUGAUGUGCUCCUGGAUGAGAAUCUAGUGCCUUGGCUGCUGGAGAUCAAUAUAUCGCCGUCGUUGCACUCGGAACUGCCACUGGAUCUGCACGUGAAGGGUCCGCUCAUUCAGGCCGUGCUGAAUACGGCUCUCUAUCAGGUGCCGCCUAAGCUGAACGAACGUCAGCAGGCGGAAAUCCUGGAGGAGCUCAAUCUGACCGGUCCGUUGUGCCAUGACAAACGCAUCUUCACCACCUGCCUGACUGCAGAGGAGGUGCGCAAACACAACCAGUACACUAACCGCAGCAUCGAAUUCCGGGAGGAGUAUGUCGAUACCAUACUGGAUAAUCUGCUGCCGGAUGAUGUGCGUUGCCUGAUCGUUGCCGAGGACGAGCUGGCCAGGUGUCAGCCGCUGGAACGGAUCUUCCCCACCUCCGGCACUCAUGUAUACCUGCGCUAUGUCGAGAAUGCCCGUUACUAUAAUCGCCUGCUGGACGCCUGGGAGACGAAGUACGCGAAGAACCGGGAAAUGGGCAUUGCCUUGCUGUCGCGGUAUUGCCGGGACAAAUACCAUUUACAGGUGUCGGACGCCGCCAUGGAAAAGGAACCAAAUGUUGCACUUACCGAGAUCGAUAUGCUGCACGUGCGAAAGGAUGAGGUCUUGGACGGUGCCACCACGCUGGCCAUGCUCAAGCCCGUCAACCAGGAGGGCUGCGAGGUGGUGCCGAGUCCGGAUGCCUGCAUCGAGAUUAAGUCCUGAAACCACCGCCGACGCAUUAACCGCACAAAGUCACCAUUACUUCUUCCAUUUCCGUUUCCGUUCACGGCUCUCAGCAGCGCCGGCAUCCCGUUCAAAAUUGCUCCGGAAUUGUCUCCACUCAAUAAAUUUUCUUAACUUCGA